UCAAAAAUGACUUUGAAAUCAAAGUUUUUCACUCCAAUUGACUCAGUCUUUGAUUAGCGCUCAAUAAACACACAUUCAAUCCAAUAAUGACCACACAAUUACUGUCCGCAAUGCUGUUGAGUUAUUUGAGUUUAUUGUCUUUUAUAUUCAUCUCCACUUGCAUUGCAUUUCGCGAUCCAAACAAUUAUCUGUCUUCAUAUGACACGCCGUACGACUCGCACAGAAUCGAGACCAGAGCUACCCGUCGUUACUGUGGCUCAGAGAUUACCCGAACCCUCAACUUCUUGUGCGAGAGUUAUAAUAAGAGAAGUUCUUAUUCCCGAGUCAUUGAUAGAAAUGAUGACCAAGAGAAUGAUAACAAUUCAUCAGAUGAUGGUAUGGAAAGUGGGAAAUACUCGUUAGCUUUGGUCCAUUUGCUUAGAAACAAGAAUGAUAUGCGAUAUUUUAGGAGACAAAUCCGUGGUGUUGUGGAUGAUUGUUGUAAGCGACCAUGUACUACAAACCAAUUAUCACAAUACUGUGAUGUGGUCAGAAUUGCCACUACAACUCCCGGUUCCAGUGAUUAAGUACUCAAUGGUUAUCAAAAACUGUGAUGAAUGCCAAGAUAUGAUAAUGUUUGCCAAAAAAUUACCAUGUUUACACAUAUAU